GCGUGUGCUCGACUCACCACGGGCUCGCGCAGCUCGUGCACUUGAGUUGAAAACUUCUCCGCGUGCGAUCGCGGAGCGCACACGAGACGCGUCGCGAACCAGCGCCGAGCGGUAGCUCACGGACCCCUGCUCCCGUUCCCGAAUCAGCACCACCGCGAAACAUGGACGAUUUAGAUGCUCUUCUUGCGGAUUUGGAGUCCACAACCUCCCACAUUUCCAAACAAGCUGUUUUUCUGCCAGAAGAGACGCCAUAUUCCUACCCCACAGGAAGUGACUCAUAUCAGGACGUGUCCUCCCCUCCUCGGCUAACCUCUCCUCCUGCUCAAACACUGAAUGGAUCUUGGGUAGAAAAGCCAGAAUCAAAGCACUCAUCAACCCAGUCUUUCAGCUCGGCUCCGAAAAGCGCCAGUCCUCGUGUGUCACAGUCUGAAGAAGAGCACGUCUAUAGUUUCCCCAACAAGCAGAAGACUACUGACUCCCCCACCGCCGUCAUGAGCUCAUCACUGGGCAGUAACCUGUCAGAGCUGGACCGUCUGCUGCUGGAGCUCAACGCCGUACAGCACAGCACACCCUCCUUCCCUACUGAAGAGGCCUACCCACCCAAACCAGCCAGCAACACCCAGUGCUAUGUCCCAGAAAACGGCGUCUCAUCAGUAGUGAAAGCGCCUCUUCCCAAGAUAGAGAAACCCAAACGCAGUGCACCUGGACGGGGGAUAGAGGACGUCAGACCCAGUGUGGAGAGCCUGCUAAAUGAGUUGGAAAGCUCUGUGCCAGCCCCUGUAACCGCCCCAUCAGUACCAGUGGUUCCUGAGUUGAGAGAAGUUCAAGAAGAGACUACCGCCCAGCAGCAGGCCAGAAUCUCUGCCUCCUCAGCGACACGAGAACUUGAUGAACUCAUGGCUUCACUGUCUGACUUCAAAGUUCAGAGCAAUUCUGGCUCUCUGUCUCUGGAGGACUCUUUAUCCACUAAAGGGUCAGAACUUCCCAAUAUUGUGGUGACUGAGAACCUCACAGUCCCUUCUGUCCCAGUCCCAGAAUCAGAUGACCGCAGCGUUCCUUCCCCUAAUUGCGCACCACUUUUACUGGAACUCCACAUUGUUGAGGAAUCGACAACCGUUGCUCCAGAGUCCAACUCCACGGUGCUCUACACUUCCUCCAAGACCCAUUUGCAGAAACGACUGGUAGUUUCUAGCACAAAGAGUACAGCCCCUGAGUCUCUUUUAUCACCUGAACCAUCUGCAAAAACUUCAAGCCUUCUGGCAUCAAGUUUACGCACACGUGAAAUCAGUUCGCCCAAGACUGUCGAUCCGAAAACCUCAAGUCCAGUUUCGGUCACCAAAAAUAGUCCACCUGUGGUACCAAAGGCCUCCUCACCAGCUAUGACUCCAAGGAUAUCUAGUCCAGUGGCUAAAAGCCCCAGUCCACCACAGGUUAUCAAGAGCUCAAAUCGAAUUGUUGAUGUGAAAAUUUCUAGUCCUGUAACAGUUGCUAAAACCUCUAGUCCAGUCGUGGUAAGAAAGAGCCCAUGCCCAGUUACAGCUGUUAGAGCAACCAGAAGUCCAGUCCCUGGAGUCCUUGCCAAGAGCCCAAGUCCCCAGCCAGGGAUUACUAGCAAGAGUCCAGUGCCAACUACCAUUACACUGCCCGCUCCUCCAGUUUCAACCCUAACAUUAACUCCGAAGCCUUCCAAAGAGAAACCUGAGAGCUUUGAACCGGGCAUAUUGGGAAUAAGUCUUCCUUGCCCCAAGCCUCUUCUGGAGGAGGCUCUGGACAAGCUGUUGACGUCCAGUCUUUCCCAACCAGAGCCGGGGAAAUUAGGUGAAGGAGCUCCUGCCUCAUCAGAGGUCAACGAUGAUGUUCUUGCACUUCUUCAUCAAUUGACUCCACAGGGUGGCUUUAAAGAUAUCACUUGGAUGGACGACUCUCUAAACCCCACAUUGUUCCCUGGGGCGUCAGAUGUUUCGCUGGACCUUCCACUUCUCCAGCCAUCAGCGGUUGAAAGGCUCUCCACUUCUGGACAACUUAAAUCGGUCAUCAGACGCACAAAGGAAACGUCCAACGUCCAUCCGAUGUUUCGUGACGGCCACAUGCGACGAAAAAUGGGCCCGCUAAUUGUCAACAAGAGUAACUCGCAGGAUCUACUCAUUGAAGAGCUGCAAGGGAAACUGGGAAUCGGUCGCACUGAGCGGCCACGAAAGCAGCCAGCUGAUUGGCUUACGGAAGGAGUCAUUGUCUGUUCCAACCCACAGCGCUUAAGAGAGGAAGGUGGUGUAUUACCAACUGUUGAUAAGAUCAUCAUUCCUCCAGACUUGCCCAGUCCACCAAAAAAAGUCCUAACCCAUCCUGUCCCAAAAAAGCCAGAUCCUGUGAUACAGAUGCCCGCUCCUCUCCCCCCACCACCUCCACCCCCUAGGGAGCCCUCUCCUCCUCCACCUCCUCCUCCCGCUCCUCCAGUUCCAGCUCCACCUCCACCUAAAGACCCCACCCCUCCUCCGUCCCCUCCUCCUAAACCUGUGACCCCGCCCCCUCCACCGAAGGUUUUAGCAUCUGUGGGCUGCCAAACGGAAUAUGAACCUCUUUUUCCACCGAUUAUGGCUCAGGGCAGGAGUUCCCCCACCAGCGUUCCAAAGCAGGGGAAUAAACUGGAUAACAUGUUGGGCAGCCUGCAGUCAGACCUCAACCGACUGGGUGUCCAGACUGUCGCCAAAGGCGUUUGUGGAGCCUGCAAGAAACCCAUCGCUGGCCAGGUGGUGACAGCAAUGGGUCGGACGUGGCAUCCGGAGCAUUUCGUGUGUACUCACUGUCAGGAGGAAAUUGGCUCCAAAAACUUCUUUGAGCGAGACGGCCAGCCAUACUGUGAAAAGGACUACCACAGCCUCUUCUCUCCACGCUGUUACUACUGCAACGGACCCAUUCUGGACAGAGUGGUGACCGCAUUAGACAGGACUUGGCAUCCGGAGCAUUUCUUUUGUGCCCAGUGCGGGUCAUUCUUUGGGCCUGAGGGGUUUCAUGAGAAGGAGGGAAAGGCGUACUGUAGGAAGGACUACUUUGACAUGUUUGCCCCCAAAUGUGGCGGCUGUGCUCGUGCCAUCUUGGAGAACUAUAUUUCGGCCCUUAACGCUCUUUGGCACCCUGAGUGUUUUGUCUGCAGGGAGUGUUUCAUUCCGUUUGUGAACGGCAGUUUCUUCGAGCAUGAAGGGCAGCCCUACUGUGAGGCUCAUUACCACGAGCACCGCGGCUCCCUCUGCUCCGGCUGUCAGAAACCCAUUACCGGCCGCUGCAUCACCGCAAUGGGCAAGAAGUUUCACCCCGAGCAUUUCGUCUGCGCCUUCUGCCUUAAACAGCUGAACAAGGGCACAUUCAAAGAGCAAAACGACAAACCCUACUGCCAAAACUGCUUUGUCAAGCUCUUCAGCUAGAGUCUGAUAGUGUUGAGGAGAGUGUGUUUGAACAUGCACGCCAAUAUCGAAAGUCCCAAGGGUCGAGUUUUACAGUUCGUCACAGUGUCAUCUUGUGACGGUAGUGAGCAUUACACCAGCUUGUUCCUGUGCCAAAGCACUGUCAGAGAAGUGUAGAUCUUCAGGGAGGCUAUGACGAUUUUUAACAGCCUUUUUAAAAUGCUUUCCCUGGAUCUAGAGACUAAAUUAUGGUCCUUAAAUUGCGUGGAGCUAUUUUAGAUAUUAUCGACUGCAUUGGACAAAUCAAGAUGUAUUUUUAUACUUGUUACACACACACUGAGCACUGACAUUUCAGGCAUCUCUUUGCUGCUGUCUGGUAUAACAACACUCUCUGUUAUUCUAUUUCGCUUCUUUUCUCCACUGGCCACAUCAGGUUUUUCUUAAAGGUGCAAUAACAGCUUGGCAUCAUCAAAAUCUCAGUGCCAUAUUCUGUAUAUUUUUCUAAUUUUUGGUACUCAGAGUUUGCUCAGCCCUGAUUUUAUUGUGCAUGUAUUUCUCUGUCUGAUCACUUUAUAAAGUGUGCUCUUUGACCUUUUUUUGUUGAUGAUUGUUUCUAUUUUUAUAUUCAUGGGUGGUCUUUGUUUUUCUGGAUGGCUGGAGUGGUUUGAGCUUCCAUCCUUAUGCCUUUAUGAGAGUUUAACUAUGGAACCAACUUACUUCUGCUGUUAUAAUUACAUAUUUUAUUCUUAUAAAACGCCUUCUUAAAGAAACCAGUUUGGGCCCAGAUGCCUGUUUCGUUGAGUAUGUGGCGUUCCACAAUGUGCCUAUUGCCACCAGGCAUGUUUUGUGAUUUACUUACAAUGAUUUUUGUCUUAAUUUCUUGUAUGUAAUGAGUUUGUGAUGCACAUUUUCCCCCUUUUUCAAUUCAUCCGAUUUCCUACUGUAUGCAAGUAAAUUAAAGUCUUAAAGAUUUUCUUUUUCAGGGUGAUGUCAUAUUUUGUUCUACAUUGACUGAUGACAUGCACAUUGUAUUUAAAACUUGGGAUCUAAAUGGACUGUACAAGACAUUGAAUAAAUACCAGGAUCUGAA